AUGGCGUUCUUGUUCGGAGGAGGCGACUACGGCGACCCUCAGGCGGCCAAGGAGGCGCUGGAGGAGCUGGUGAAGGAACGAGAAAGCCUUCAGAAUGAGGCAAAAGAGCUCGAACAGGGUCUCGCGCGUGUUCGUGAAGGUUUGUUUCCAAGCCCACUAGUGAUCUCAGGUCCCCCGAGCGUAGGCAAGGCGACACUCAUCUCGAUGAUCCUCCGGGAGUUCCAGUCGGAGUUCAGCGUUCCCAUAGCGCACACGUCGAGGACGCCGAACGAGGACGAGUGCGAUGGCGAAGACUACAUCUUCAUCUCGCGCGAAGAGAUGCAGGAUGGAAUCAAGAAGGGAAUGUUCCUGGAAGUCGCGGAGAUCGAUGGAGACUUGUACGGCACUGCCAUGCAGGUGAUUUGGUGCAUGUUUCCUGGUUUGUUCACACCUGACCUCUUUGUCAAAUCAAAAGAUUGUUAA